AUGAGAAGGUGGAGUGUGCGAGGUCUGCUGUCCAAUGCAUGCAGAAGACCGCUCCCACGACCACGACCACGACUACGACUGGUCCGAUUCCAACCUGCUUCCACCGCUUCCCUCUCCCAAGACAAGGCGCUUAAUCUACCUCCGACGACAUCAGCAUCUCCAGUCCCCAAGUAUGCCAUCUUUGGAAAGAUCCAUCUGCCACCAAGGGACCCCGAUGCCUGGGCCGCCUUGCUCGAUGGAGCUUUGCCGCCACACCUGCGCGACUGGACUACUGCCGACUGGACUACUGCCGCCCCACCGCCCAACCUGAGCGCCGUCGAUGUCGCCGAAAUCUUGUUGGCCGCUCAACAUCCUCAGAAACGAGAACAGCCUCUGGAUCUCCUCUACCAUUUGGGCAUCAAUCAAGGCCGCUGGAAUGCAGUCGUCUGGCUGGUCAAGAAGAUCGUCGACAAAUUUCCCGUUCGCCACUCCCAAUCUUCACGCCUCUCCAACGUAAACUCGCUCUGGAAUGGCAUCCCACUUGGCCCGGAUACUCUUGAUGAACCCUUCGCUCUUUCCAUGGACGAUGCGACAACGAGAUCCGGCCUGGUAGAAGCCCGCAGCCUGGAUGAACUCACCGCCGACCCCACGCAUGCCCCUCAAGACAACUUACAACACGACGCUCUUGGCCAGAUAUGGCAAUCGCUGGGUGCUAUGACCCGAGCAUGCGCCGGUGGCGAGAUACAACCAGAGGUUCUGGAAAUCAUUGCCUAUCUACACCACAGAGAGGUCAUGCCCAUGUCGAUCUACCAGUCGCACCCACACCCCGACAAGUCCGCUGUUCAGCAGCCGCCUCUGUUAUCCCUGCUUUCCUCUCGUAUCCUCACCUCCCUCUCCGAUGCUGCGUGGCGCGCGCACGAAAAGCUGGUCGUUGAAGAGGCCAAGGCCAUGGGAGGCGAGUAUGCCGCCUUGCGCCCGGAGGUGCCGGGUAGUGUCUAUCGUGUUCAUGUCGCAGGUCUUCGUCCCGAAGUGUGGAUGGAGAUGAUACUCUGGUCUUGCAUUCGUGGUGGCUGGACUGUUCAGGGCGCUGACAUCUUGCGUUCCAUCGUGACCAUCAAACAAGGCUGGAAGCCGCUGUCCUGGAGAGAAUACGAGAAGAGCAUCUCACUCACAAAUGGCAACAAAUCUCCCAAUUGGGCCGAGUUGGAAUACUUGUUCAAGACGAGGCCAUCCGCGACUACAGACCCACCGUCUGCUCAAGGUGCGCAAAUCGACCGCACUGUCAGUGCCGAAGUUGUCAAUGCCUACGUCGAUGCCAUCACUUCGAACGUCAGCGAUACCGCGGAUACAUGGGGCUUCGCGGUCCAGGACGCUCUCAGCCGACUGACGGAAUUGCGCGUCUUCUUGCGAAGACCCGUAGACUGCCCCCGAGACGCCCCUCCAAAGCUGUCUCUCAGUACUGGGACAUGGACUGCUCAAAUGCUUCGCGUGAUUGACACAGCAGGUGUGGAUGCGGCAGCGAAUUCGGCAAUUGUUAGGAAAGCCGCCAAGUUGGAGUCGUCCUUUGCAAAGGACAUCUUGUCGAGGAACACACGGGACCUGCCCGAAUAUGUGCUUGAUGGAGACCUCGCCCUUCACGGUCUGCUAGUCCGAGCCCUGUACGGACAGAUCGCAGCGGGGAGUGUAGAGGGAACGGUUCAGGUUUUCCGCGAGAUGCAACGACGCACUGAGGAGAAUAAGUUACUGUCACUACAGCGCUUCAUGCUACUGCGCGAAUCCUUCGUCCGUUCCGUCGACCGCGAUGGCAUGUUCAAUAGCAACCUGCCUGGAAUCGAAUUUCCGGGCUUCACGAUAGAAAUUCCGACAACCAUUCUCGGGUCUUUCUUGGAGCUCUUGACGGAGACCAAGCAGUUGAGCCUGGCCCAAGGACUGCUCGAACCAAAUGACAUUGGGGAAGCUAUAGUUGGCGAGCACCUGCUCGAAGACCCUUUCAUCCAGCCAGCGGUGCUUCGCUAUGCGUCGGAGUCCAACGACACGGCUCUACUCGAAAAGCUCAGAACUAUACCCCUGGCCGAAGCAUCUUACCGGGCAAUACUCGAUAGCCACGUUGGAGCCUGUAGAUGGGACGCGGCAAAACGCGUGCUGGCCAACCUUCCUGACAAUGUCCAGUGGUCGAUUUCCAAUCUCGCCAGCGUGAUACGGACGAUGCUCAUGCAAGUGCGUGGCGCUGAUGCUGGGAAUCCGGCCUGCGGUCGGGAUCUCAAGAGUGCGAGCGACUUACUUUUCCAGAUGUGUUAUAAAUAUAGAGGCACCUGGGAAGCUUCCAAAUUUGCCGGUCUUCGUACUCUACUCUUCGUGCUCGCCGGGGUAGAUCGGCAAUGGGCAAGCUUCUCCGUCAACCUCAUGCGGGAUAUGUCUUGGCAGUAUUUUACACUGGACGCGACCGACUUCAACAGCGUCUUGGAAGGAGUGGUACACAGUUAUGGCAGUGCUGCUGGUCAACGCUUGGUGGAACGAUUCUGGCCUCCGGAGGUCAGACUUGCUCAAGGCCAAAGAAGCACUGAGCGAGGAACCAUACGGCGGCUUCGGGGUAUCGAUAAGUACCAGCGAAUAGUCAUACCUACACCACCGACUGCGAAGGGCGACGAUGGCCUCGUUAUGCGCGGCGGUCUAUUGCCCAACACUCGGACAAUUUCAAUCGUUCUUCGGGCAGCACUCGUAGAGAUCCAACCGCAACCUGCGGAUGCGGUCCGAUCCGCCCCUGACAUGGAGGCCGUAGACUACGAUCCGCACAGCGUCGCUCACUGGGCAGUCCAGCGGCUGUCUGACUUGCCGAAUGUGGAGGAUGUCAUUGUUGAGAACCUCGACAAGACGCUUGCCGAGAAAGGAUUGCACGACAUACGAGCUGAGCUGCCCGAGAUUCAACCACAGAAUGAAGCUCUUGCGGAAGAGGAAGAGCUCGACGAGGAGUAG